UCCGCUCAACAGAACACACAAACUCCACUCCGACCUUCGCCGUCAAAGGUCCUGCGGGAGCGGAGUGUCCCUCCAUUCAGCAGAGCCGUCGCACCUGCCUUCACCGUCACUCGUUCUUUGGAACUCCUGCGGCAGGCUCACAGCGCAUCUUUCUCGGCCCUUCGCGGCAGUAGAUAGAAUCGCUCGUAGAUAAUCGUGACUCAAUCCACUGCUCUGCUUGCUCUGAAUCACCCCGCGCGGGCGAUGCCCAGAGGCUGCCAGUAAUUGUGGGAGAAGGGCUGGCGGCUGUCUGUCGGACAUCAUGGCCGAAAUCCUUGAGCGCAUCAAUCAACUCAAAACCCUCCCUGCCGAACAGCACCUGUUUUGCCCGCGCAUCGGAAACGAUGAUGGAUCCGUCUACUUCGACGAAGACAUCGCGAACCUCGAACCGCAGAACGACCCCGCCUCGGAGCGACAACGCCGGCAGAAGAUAAAGGAGGCCGAGGAGCGGAAAUGGGUCGCGCUCGAGGCCCUGCAGAUACUGGCAUAUGACGGAGACGAUGCGAAACCACACAAGGACUGGCUGCUGCCACGCCUGGAUGCGCUCAUGAUGUCGUGCGAUGUCUGCGUCAGGGUUUUCCACCAGUCCAGGGCUGAGUGGAAGAAUAGACUGGUAGAGGCAUUCGACGAGGACAUGGUGCUCGAAUUCUUGCGUGGCGUCGACGGCCACUCCCUGAAACGCAUCCAGCGAGGGCUGGACGAAGCGAAUGCUGUGCUCCGCGAUGCCGAUCCAAAGCAACGCACCGUGCGACUUAUCCCCAAUGAAGCGACCUAUGCCUUCUUCGAAGCGCUGAGCUGUGACGCCCUAAUACGCAAUGAAGAGCUCCUCCAGCAGCACUUUGACUCCCCCUUCCAGCUUGUGCAGACGAAGAAGCGCCUGAAGCUGCAGACAUUUCUUCCCGCCAUGACCCAAUUCCUCUUUUGCAAGAACGAGCAUCGCCAAAAUUGGGCCGCCGUUUCGUGGUCCACAUCCAAGAGAAACAUCCUCCAAUCGGAGUUCGAUUGGGCGGUGAGGGAUCACCUGGUGGAUGCAAUGAUGAGGGUGCAGAUGAGCAACCUCGAUCUUCCCUUUGUCGCCACAUACUGGAGCGGAGUGAGGCUCAUCGUCAAUAAGCUUGACAAGGAGCUCAUCACUAACUCGGUCCGGGGUCUUGAAGGAGACUUUUACCGGCUCCUCCUAGAUCACCUUUCACUCAACUCAGAAGGCUUCCUCGAUCUCAUCGCUACCAUGAAGAUGCUUCUCGAGAAAUCCUCGACCGACUUUUGGGACGCAAUGGAUGCCAUUACACCGUCCACAGCCACCAUAGUAGAGCAAGUGUUCAACAGCCCCGUCCUCAAACAACUCCUGCUUGCAGCUACGGAAGAGAGUGAAGAAGAUAUGAGUAAUCUCAACGAAGCAUUCAGCUGGAUCACCCCGUUCAUCUCCUCCAUCAAGCCCGCAAAUCUCACGCCAGCCGUCCGAGCGUUCGCUAAUGCGCUUUUGGGGCGCUUUCAAUCCGACCGCUUUUCGCGGGCGUCAAGAGCGUAUUGUUUUAAAGAGGGUUUGCGGGUGCUAGACCACGCUUUCCGGAGGAUGUGCGAAGGCAAGACCUCAGCAAACUUCGUGGGUCAGCCGACUGUCAACGGAAUGCUGGAAAUAAUGUCAACACACAUUGAGCUCAUUGUGACCAGCCUGAAGCGCUUGCGGGAUAUGCCCGACCAAGAAGACUUGCGCCUUGCUCUGUCGAUGAUUCAGCAUGCCUUCCAGCUUGAGUCGCAAUCGCUCCUCGUCGAAAGGCAAUUGAUAUCCGCACAAAAGCCUUCGCCUACUGAGACGCCGCCGUCCAGCCCGAUAUGGAAGACCAUCCUCAAAGCUAUCGAUGCCGAAAAUAUCGACCUCGCCACACAUCUCCUUAUCGCUGGAAGGAACCUGAUCGGUCUGGAGCCAUUGUCUAUGAAGGCUGGUGUUGACAAAGUGCCUCCGACAGUUCGGCAUUUCAAUAAUCGAUUCACCCUUCUAUCGCAGUCGAUAACCGACGUCAUUGUCCGGCUGGCAGAGUUUGAUCCGGCAAAGCUCAAUGCCUUAUUCGAGCAGCUUCCUGCCGCCAGUGCUGUUGUGUCUUCACUCUUCUCAUCCACAGAGGAUACACGAAGCGCCUCUAUCGAAUUACUUAAGGUCAUCACCGCUCAAGACGAACGCCGAGACGCAUUGCAGCACAUUUUCCGAGCACACUACAAGAACGUCCUUCAGGGCAUCUCAGACUCUUGUCGUCAAGUUAUGCGCAAGAGAGCGUUUGCUCCUGCGCCUGCCCUGAUCAGGACAUGCUCAGACAUCAUUGACGUGAUGUGCAACUCCCAGGAUGGUAUACUCCGCUCUCGAGAUAUCGCUUCCGGAGAGGCUGGGGUCACAAUGAAUUUCUGGAAGAAUUUGUGGGAUACUCUCACCAUGAUCUUCGCGACUACAGAAGCCUGGAGCAAUUUAGGCUUCUAUGAGAAGACUAUGAUGAUGAAUUUCUGCCGAGACACUAUGCAGUUCGCCGACCAACUAUUCGAUCAAUGCAGUAUCUUUGCUAGCGCGUUGAGGAGCUCUCUGACGGAUGAUAACGACAAGGCAGGCCGAAACAGGCUCCUCAAAGAGCUUCUGGAGCUCCCAGCGAGUUCUAUGGCGGAAGUGAAGAAAUGGCUACGCCUCCGAGACGAGUUCCUGUCCAGCAAGUCCGUCACGCUCAUUAGCAAACUCCUUGUCCGUCUGCAUGAUGUGUCUAUCGAAAUUGACGCGGAGACACUCCAGUAUAUGGAGGAUGUGCUCACGAACAAGAUUCGGGCUAAGCUCAGCAUGCAGCAGCAGGCCGAGCUGCAACGAGCUCUAGAGACCCAUCUUGGUCGCGCUCUUCUCAAAGAAGAAGAACCCGUCAAAGAACAAAAGCAGGUCUCUUUGAGCAAGUGGAUGUCCACAAGCACGAGCACAACAAAGGAAUCAGAUGCACGUGCCAAGCUUAUGGCAAUGCUCACUCCUGGGCAGGCUGCUUUUGCUGAGAAGCGGGAAGCCCUGAAGGCCAGAGAAGCCAAAGCUACGAAGCAGGCACAGGCGGACGAACAGAAGAACGCCGCCCAAGCAGAAUUCAAGAGGAAACGGCAGCUUGAGAUUGAGAAGCAGAAACAGGAGCGAGCGGUUGCUAUUGCCAAGGCGAAGCAAGCCAGGGGUCUCUCAGCCGCUACCGCUGAAGCAGGGUCUGGAUUAGAGGGCCUGGGCGUCUUGGGCAAGGACCAGGCUCCGAAGGGCGAGGGCCUCAUGCAUUCUUCCGAUGAGUCCGACGAUGAGGGUGACUUUGACGAGGACCUCUUCGGCAUCAAGAAGAACAAGGUCAAGACAGGACCGAAGACCAAUAUCAUCAAUGAGGUCAAGGUUCAAAUGCCGGUGAAGAAGCGAAGGGUGCAGCGGUCCAUCAAGGACAUGCGUGCACGUCUCGCUCCUGAUCUGUCUCCCCUUCAUAAGGUCAUCCUUGGGUGGGACUAUUUCCACGAGGGUGAUUUCCCGCCCAAGUCGAGGACAGACAUCUAUACAGCGGUCCCGAACACCUUCCGAACCCCGAAUGAUUAUCAGUCAACGUUCGAGCCCCUGCUCACACUCGAAGCCUGGCAAGGCUUCGUCAAGGCCCGAGAAGAGAACCAGGCGAAACCCUAUGAGAUCAAGAUCGUGUCGCGAGCGAGUGUGGAUGCCUUCCAAGAAGUUAGCAGUACCAUGACUCACAACGAAAACCGAGAUUUGAAUAUCUCCGAGGGUGAUAUCGUACUACUGUCAAAAUCGAAGCACCCGUCAGGUCAGGAUCCGCAUUGUCUCGCUAGGGUGUUUCGUGUGCAGCGCAAGCAGGCUCAUAUCGAAGUCUCCUACCGCGUUAUGCCGGGAAAUCUAUUACAGUCUGCUCUGGUACCGCAUGGCGCGGUCUUCGGGACCAAGAUCCAGUCUAUUACGCCACUAGAGCGUGAAUAUGGUGCCCUUCUGGGACUGCAAUACUACGACCUCUGCGAUGAAAUCUGCCGAGCGAAGCCAUCACCGCUUUUGACCUACAGGGACAGCCAGAUCGACCCACUUGUUUCAAACUAUAAGCUCAACAAGGCGCAGGCGAAGGCGGUCAAAUCAGCGAUUGACAACGAUGCUUUCACGCUGAUUCAAGGUCCACCCGGUUCGGGAAAGACAAAAACAAUCGUGGCUAUCGUGGGUGCCAUCCUAUCGGAUAGCCUCCGACAUCGUGGUACAACCAUUUCAGUCUCAGGCCAAUCUCGUUCCGAUAACGCCCCGAAGAAGUUGCUCGUUUGUGCUCCUAGUAACGCCGCCGUUGACGAGUUGGUCAUGCGUUUCAAGGAUGGCAUCAAGACGUCGAGUGGCGAGGAACGUAAAAUUAAUAUCGUGCGUCUAGGCCGCAGCGACGCAAUCAAUGCUAACGUCCAAGAUGUGACGUUGGAAGAGCUUGUGAGCAAGAAGCUCGGCGUGAGUACUAAUAAAGACAAGGACGCUGAGGCCACGCGUAAACUCUUCCAAGACCACAAAGCGGUAUCAGAACAGGUUCGACAAGCGCAAGAUCAAUUGGCGUCCGGAGAGGUUAAAGGUCAGGAGGCAGCCAAGCUGCAAGAUGACCUCCACGCUCUCCGCCGACAGAAAGCGCUGCUCGGCACUAAGAUUGAUAAUGCGAAAGACAAUGAGAAGCUUGCUAGCCGUAACGCCGACCUUAACCGACGGCGGGCACAAGAGCAGAUUCUGGGCGAGGCCCACGUCAUCUGUGCUACGCUCAGCGGUAGUGGUCACGAUAUGUUCCAGGGUCUCAGUAUCGAAUUCGAAACGGUCAUCGUCGACGAGGCUGCGCAGUGUGUGGAAAUGAGUGCUCUUAUUCCUCUAAAGUAUGGAUGCGCAAAAUGUAUCCUCGUCGGGGAUCCGAAGCAGUUGCCUCCGACCGUCUUUUCAAAAGAGGCCGCUCGGUUCCAGUACGAGCAGAGUUUGUUCGUCCGCAUGCAGAAAAAUCACCCGGACGAUGUGCACCUCCUGGAUACGCAAUAUCGCAUGCAUCCGGAAAUCAGCUUGUUCCCCAGCCAGACUUUCUACGACGGCAGGCUACUGGACGGAGGCGACAUGGCAGCUCUUCGUAAGCGACGCUGGCAUGAGAGUUUGCUCCUGGGCCCCUACCGAUUCUUCGAUGUGCAGGGUCAGCAUCAAGCUGCGCCCAAGGGUCACUCGCUCAUCAACAUUGCGGAGAUCAACAUCGCUCUGCAACUGUACCGUCGUCUUACCUCGGACUAUCCACAAGAAGACUUCAAGGGCAAAGUCGGCAUCAUCACACCCUACAAGAGCCAGCUGCGGGAGCUGAAGGCUCGCUUCACUACUCAAUACGGUCCGCGCAUCACGGAAGACGUCGAGUUCAACACGACGGAUGCCUUCCAGGGCCGAGAGAGUGAAGUCAUCAUCUUCUCCUGCGUCCGAGCCUCUCCCGCAGGCGGCAUCGGUUUCUUGCAGGAUAUUCGCCGUAUGAAUGUCGGCCUGACGCGUGCAAAGUCGUCAUUGUGGGUUCUUGGUAACUCGCAGUCCCUUGUCCGUGGAGAAUUUUGGAGGAAGCUCGUCGAAGAUGCGAAGCGUCGGAAUCGCUAUACGGAGGGUGAUCUUCCUAGGAUGCUGAACAAGCAUUCGAGCGCUUUCCCUGCACCGCCGGGCAUGUACGCUGUCCCGGCUCGUCCACGUAUCAAGCAGGAGCCGCAGUCUGCGCCUAUGAGCCGCACAGGAAGCAAUCAGUCCUCAGGCUCAUCAGGCUCGGACUACAAGAAGCUGAUCAAGCAGGAGAUCAAGCAAGAACCAGCGUUCCUUAGCAACGGCAAGCGUAAACUUAGCAGUGAUGACAGCAACGAGGAUGUCGAAAUGGUGGACGUCGAUAUGCAAGAUGCGGAUUCUGACGCCGCGGCUUCGAAUACGCUGAAUGGAAGCGGUAGUGAUGGGUCGACGCCGGCCAAUGCUUCGGACACAGCACGUAAGAGUGUUGGUAUGGCGGAUGGCGUCAAGAAACCUUCAUCUGACUCUGCUUUGGGGCCCCGACCGGGUGAUAUCGUCGGAGGCAUGAAGCAGCCCAAGAUUAGGAGGAGGCCGCGUGAGCCGCCGAACCCGCUGAUUAAGCCCAAGAGGCAGAAAAUGGGGUAG